GCGCACAGGCCGCGGAGGAGGGGCGGCGCGAACCAUGGCCGGGGACAGCGAGCAGACCCUACAGAACCACCAGCAGCCCAACGGCGGCGAGCCCUUCCUCAUCGGCGUCAGCGGGGGCACGGCCAGCGGAAAGUCCUCCGUGUGCGCGAAGAUCGUGCAGCUCCUGGGCCAGAACGAGGUGGACUACCGCCAGAAGCAGGUGGUCAUCCUCAGCCAGGACAGCUUCUACCGCGUCCUCACCUCGGAGCAGAAGGCCAAGGCCCUGAAGGGCCAGUUCAACUUCGAUCACCCGGAUGCCUUUGACAAUGAGCUCAUCCUCAAAACCCUCAGAGAGAUCACCGAGGGAAAGACUGUGCAGAUCCCGGUGUACGACUUCGUCUCCCAUUCCCGGAAGGAGGAGACGGUCACCGUCUACCCCGCGGACGUGGUGCUCUUCGAAGGCAUCUUGGCCUUCUACUCCCAGGAGGUGCGGGACCUGUUCCAGAUGAAGCUCUUCGUGGACACGGACGCGGACACCCGGCUCUCCCGCAGAGUGUUAAGAGACAUCAGCGAAAGAGGGCGGGACCUGGAGCAGAUUCUGUCCCAGUACAUCACCUUCGUCAAGCCCGCCUUCGAGGAAUUCUGCUUGCCGACCAAGAAGUACGCGGACGUGAUCAUCCCUAGAGGCGUAGACAAUCUCGUGGCCAUCAACCUCAUUGUGCAGCACAUCCAGGACAUCCUGAAUGGAGGGCUGUCCAAGCGGCAGACCAACGGCUGUCUCAACGGCUACACCCCGGCCCGCAAGCGGCAGGCCUCGGAGUCCAGCAGCCGGCCGCAUUGACCCCGUCCCCCCGGGGCCCCGGCCCUGCUCCGGGAGACGGGAGGCGGCGGUGGGGGCCUUAGUCAUCUGUGCAUAUGGUUUCCUGUGACUCUGCUUAUUUAAAACAACAACACGGAGAAGAAAUGCCUUUGACCUUGAAACAGAACUUGAUCCCGAGCUUGCGUGACAAACUGUGCCAACUACUACUGGUUAUUGAUGCCCGAUAACGAAGCCAACUUGUAAUCAGCUAUAAAUACAUAUACAUAUAAAAGGAUCUAUUUUUGUGUAAAUGUACAAACGCUGUAAAGCUGUUUGCCGUAAGUAUUUUGCAGGACGGCCUGUGUGGAUGUUUGGGGACCGGAGCUGGCGUCGGGGUCCCAGGCAGCCCCUGGGAGGCAGGGAGCGCCGCAGGCUCGCGCCCGCACGCCGCCUGUCUGCGGAACGGCCCUGCUGCUGGAGCUGAACGAUACGGC